AUGCUACAUUUACUUGGCGCAGCAACCGUUUUGGUUUCGGUUGUAUCUGCGUGGUCUCCAACAGACUCAUAUGCUCCAGGCAUUGUUGAAUGUCCUAGCUAUCUCAAUGACAAACAUAACUCUACCCGUGCAGGUUUCCUUCGUAGAGCAGACGGGAUUAGUGACGAAGAAUUCGAAUGGAUUCAGCAAAAAGAUGAAUUGACGUUUGAUCAUUUAAGAACUUUCCUUGAAGGCACCGGCUUAAAUGGGACAGAGUCGUUCUUGGAUGACAUUGCGUCCAACUCCUCGGCUAGAAUCCCAAGAAUCGGUCUAGCAUUCUCUGGUGGUGGGUACCGGGCCAUGUUGUGUGCUGCAGGUCAAAUUUCAGGUUUGGAUAACAGAACAAGAGGUGUAGAUGAACAUGGACUGCCCCUCUUGGAUUCCGUUUCGUAUAUUGCAGGGUUGUCAGGAGGUUCCUGGUUUGUUUCCAGUUUGGUUUAUAAUAACUGGACCUCAGUUCAAGAAAUCAUAGAUCAAAAUGGCCAAGAUGAUGCAAUCUGGAACUUAGAGCAUACCAUCAUUACCCCGCAUGGAGCUAACAUUAUUAAAGAUGCCGCUUACUGGAAAACCCUGGAUGACCAAAUUGACGAGAAAAGAGAUGCAGGUUUCAAUGCGUCAAUGACUGAUCCUUGGGGCAGAGGUUUAUCACACCAAUUCUUUCCAGGAUUGGAAGACUUUGGUGCUUCCAUGACUUUCACUAGUUUAAGAAAUUGGGAUGUUUUCACCGAGCAUGUUAUUCCAUUUCCAAUUGUUGUUGCUGACGGUAGAGCACCCGGUACCUAUAUUGUCAACUUGAAUUCCACUGUUUUCGAAUUUAAUCCUUUUGAAAUGGGUUCUUGGGAUACCUAUCUAGAAACAUUUGUUGAUUUACAUUAUGUUGGUACUACAAUGGAUGGCGGUAAGGCUGCCGGCAAUGGAUCAUGCUGGUCCGGGUUGGAUAACACUGGGUUUGUUUUCGGUACCUCCUCGACUCUCUUCAACCAGUUCUUGUUACAAAUCAACUCUACGGGUAUUUCUGGUGUUGCAUAUGAUGCGGCUGAGGCGGUCUUGAAGAAAUUGUCAAAAAAAGAAAAUGAUAUUGCCCCAUGGUUCCCAAAUCCGUUCUACAACUCUCCUUGGGGUAGCGCCAAAAACAUGAUUUCUGAUCAUGACUUGAAUUUGGUGGAUGGUGGUGAAGAUAAUCAAAAUGUCCCACUCUCACCGCUCCUUGUUGAAGACAGGGGAGUUGAUGUUAUUUUCUCCUUUGAUAAUUCAGCAGAUACUGAUUUUUCAUGGCCAAAUGGUAGCUCUUUAGUUAACACAUAUGAAAGACAGUUUGUAAAUGCUUCAGCAAACUUUGCUUUCCCAUAUGUUCCAAGUACGGAUACUUUCUUGCACAAUAACUUAACGGCUAAGCCAACAUUCUUUGGCUGUUAUGCUUCCAACUUGACUGACUUGAUGAAAGAAGUUGAUACCGAGUACGUCCCGCCAUUGGUUAUCUAUAUUGCCAACCGUCCAUGGACGUACAGCUCCAACACUUCUACCUUUAAGUUAUCAUACGACGAUGAUGAGAAGUUGGCAAUGAUUGAAAAUGGAUUUGCUGUGUCUACAUUUAAUAACUUAACUAUCGAUAAAGAUUUUAAGAAAUGUAUUGGCUGUGCGAUUUUGCAAAGAUCAAAGGAAAGACAAGGUGUUCCAAUUGGCGAUGAGUGUAAGGCCUGUUUUGACGAGUAUUGCUGGGACGGAUCAACCUACACUUACGAAGAUGAUUCUUAUCCUGAUGCUUUCACUGAUACUGGUGUCUAUAAUUCUAGUGUCAAUCAAGCCAACCCACAAGAAGUUCAAGAUGUGAAGACUUCUACUGACUCGACUGCUACUGAGUCAACUUCUGCUAUGUCAACAGGUACUGUUUCUUCAAUCAGUUCGACUCAUAAGAAUGAUGCAGGCGUGGUCCAAAAUGUUUCUCCAUGGGUCCACUUGUUGACCACGAUUCUAGGUUACUGCGCAUUCUUGUAG